AUGCAGCUGUCCAUCAUCCUCUCUACCACCAUCCUCGCCGCCGUGGUGUCGGCCCAGAGUCUGACGGAUAUACCUGCUUGCGCCACCACGUGUAUCACCGACGCACUUCCUGCAAGCUGCAACUUGGACCCGUCAUGUAUCUGCCACACGGCGUCGUUCAUCGACGGCAUCGCCUGCUGCAUUUUCACCGCCUGCAACACCACUGACCAGCAAGCCGCCCUGGCAUUUGCUCACGGCGUCUGCGACCCUGUUGGCGCAAGCUCCCUUCUGCCCGCCUCAGCAGGUUGCUCGAGCACCUCCGGCAGCGGUAACGGCACCGCAUCUGCAACCGGCAGUGCAACCACCACCGGCUCCGGGUCGUCCUCCGCCACAACCACCGCAGCCAGCGGCUCGAAUGCGCUCUCGUCAGCUUCAGCCAGUAUCAGUUCCCGUGCUUCUAGUGCAUCGAGCGCCGCGAGCGCCAGCGCCGCCUCUGCCACUUCCACCCCUGCCGGGUCCGCUGACAGACUUGCCGUCCAAGGACUAGGCGCCGUCGGCGCUGCCGUGCUUGGUCUGGCUGCAUUUUUGUGA